AAAUAUUUCAAGAUUUCACCCCACUAGCAACAUUUGACAUUAGAGGGUUUUGCUUGAGAACACGUUGAAAAACCUGAACUUGCUCCGUUUUUGGAGUCAAAACAAUGGCCGAUGAAAACGCAGCGACACCCAAAAGAGACCCCAUCAAGAAUCCUGUUGGGAACACUGCUGCACAAAAGAGAAAACAAAAUGCAGUUUCAGUUGGUAAAGAAAGAAGAGAAGCUUUAUUCAGAACCAAACGACUAUGUAGAGCAGGAGUUAGCACCGAUACAGAUGUCCCCAUUGAUGAUAAUGAGAUGAUGAUAGAAGAAGAACAAUCAAUUCUAGAGUCUCAAACAACUUCAGCUGUCCAAGAAUUAAACCUUGCAGUCACCUUUCAGGGAAAAGGUGCAGUUCAAAAGAAAGUAAAUGCUCUUCGUGAGUUAAGACGUUUAUUGUCUAAAUCCGAAUUUCCUCCUGUUGAAACUGCUAUAAAAUCUGGAGCUAUACCUUUACUUGCACAAUGUCUUUCUUUUGGAUCCCAUGAUGAACAGUUGCUUGAAGCAGCUUGGUGUCUUACAAACAUAGCUGCUGGAAAACCUGAAGAAACAAGAGCUUUAUUGCCUGCAUUACCUUUACUCAUUGCUCAUAUUGGAGAAAAGAGUUCAGUGCCUGUUGCAGAGCAGUGUGCAUGGGCAUUAGGAAAUGUUGCAGGAGAAGGUGAAGAACUGAGACAAAUUCUGAUUUCUCAAGGGGCAUUACUUCCUCUUGCAAAAAUGAUGUUGCCAAAUAAAGGUUCAACAGUUAGAACUGCUGCUUGGGCAUUAUCAAAUCUUAUCAAGGGACCAGACCCAAGGGCUGCAACAGAACUCAUAAAAGUUGAUGGUGUAGUUGAAGCUAUACUAAGACAUUUGAGGAAAUCCGACGAUGAAUUAGCGACAGAAAUAGCAUGGGUUGUGGUGUACCUCUCAGCUCUUUCUACUGUUGCUACUUCCAUACUUGUGAAGACUGAUCUUCUUCAAUUACUUGUUGAAAGAUUGGCCUCUUCAAAUAGCUUGCAAUUGCUCAUUCCGGUGCUACGGAGUUUAGGUAAUCUCAUAGCAGGCGAUGCUUACACAACUAAUGCCAUUCUUGUUCCUGGACAUCAAAUCACAGAUAAUAUCAUACAGGCAUUAAGCAAGUGUCUGAAUAGUGAGCACCGUAUCUUAAAGAAGGAAGCUGCAUGGGUGUUAUCAAAUAUAGCAGCGGGUUCAGUGGCUCACAAGCAAUUGAUAUAUAAAAGUGAAUCAGUGCCAAUAUUAGUACAGCUUUUGUUAACAGCGCCAUUUGAUAUUAAAAAGGAAGUGGCGUAUGUUGUGGGUAACCUUUGUGUUGCACCAGCGGAAGGUUCCGGAAGGUCAACUUUGAUAUUUGACCACUUGGUUUCAUUUGUUAGAAGUGGAUGUGUUCGUGGUUUUAUUGAUUUGGUUAGAUCUGCUGAUAUUGAAGCUGCAAGACUUGGUCUUCAAUUCCUAGAGCUGGUGUUAAGAGGGAUGCCGAAUGGUGAGGGGCAAAAGUUGGUGGAAAGAGAGGAUGGGAUAGAUGCCAUGGAAAGGUUUCAGUUUCAUGAAAAUGAAGAUCUUCGGAAUAUGGCUAACCAGUUAGUUGACAAAUAUUUUGGGGAGGAUUAUGGGGUUGAUGAAUAAUAGGAAAUUUGUUUGUGAUGCCCCUUAAAUUGAUCAUGUAACAUUAAGGUUUGAUAUGGGUUAAAUGUUGAAUGUUGAAUGUUGAAUAUAUGUAUGUUGUCAAUGGCAGUGAUGAUUUUGUGUUGAUGUCAUGUAGGCCGAUGAAUGUUAGAAAUUAGAAGGAGGAACUUGCUAAAAAGAGUUUUGACAUUAUA